UGGAAUGACAACGGUAAAAACGACAACAGCAACAACGAGUAUGAAGUCUUGUCUGGGGACGACUUCAACAGAUUUGACAUCGGCGACUCAAACGGCAAGCUUCGAGUGAAAAAUCCGCUGGAAUUCAAGCUUCAAUCAAGGUAUGAACUUGAGAUUCGACUCACGGAUAUGUCAGAAACACUUCCCCCUGUCAGAAAGUACCUAAACUUGACCGUGAACGUGGAUGAUGUACCCGACUAUCCGCCGGUGUACAACUCCGCGUGUGUAACGCCCGUGAGAAAGGAUUCAGAACAACUGUUCGGCAUUUAUGUCCACAGCGCUACAAGCGUGGGCAACUGGCACGUAGAUCUACCGGGAAAUGUGUCAAGCAGUGACUAUCAAAGUACCCUUAUCUCUGCAGACAACAGCAGAUGUACGGUCCAGGUGACGUGGGGAUCGGAGAUGAAUAAAUUGGAAUGGACGGCCGUGUUUUCGAUCCUAAAGAUGCACGGAAUUGGUAACAUUACCUGCCCUUCUAACCGCGAUGGCAUAGAAGGUACGUUCUACUUCAUACGCAGAAACAGCGACACAAAAAAUCAAGCUGCAACCACGUUUCGAGACCUUGAACAGAACAACCUACUCAAGUCGUCUUGGGUAAACGAUACUGCUAUGGAAUAUUUUCUGUAUUUUGACACAACCGUUGUCCAUUCCUCCAUGGCCUACGACUGUACUGUUAGUGAUCUUCUUCGUGUUGAUGGCACGGUAUUAAGUUUCUCCAUUCGGUUCUCGGUGAAUAUCGUAGGGUGUGGAUUCGGUCGGUAUGGUCCUCUAUGUGAUCAGGUCUGUAUCUGUAAAAAUGGCGCGAGUUGCCAUGGAUACAAUGGAGCAUGCUUGUGUAAACCUGGGUGGGUGGGUGUCGCCUGCGACAUACCUGUAUCUACAGUAAUCAUCACAACCUCAAAACCGGACCAAAAUAUCAAGAUUGGAGACAACGUUAGCUUGUCCUGUACAGCCAUUCACGUCAACGUAGUAUCUUUAACAUGGGAACAGAAACCGCUAACAGGAAACAGCAUGAAAAGCGGAAGACACGCAUUGCUACAGAGUGGGGAAAGUUCCGUAUUGUCUAUACCAGCCGUCGUUGACGAGGAAAACGGAUUGUAUUACUGUAUCGUGAACACAACCGAUGGACGAACGCUGGAGACGGAGUUUUUGCUGAACGCGAGUCAAUGUUCCUCUAACCACCACGGGAAGUUCUGCAACGAGACAUGUGAUUGCCACAAUGGUGGGCGAUGUGACCGGCUGAGGGGGUGUGUUUGUCCUCCGGGUUGGAUGGGUGCUAACUGUCAGUCCCCAUGCCCCCAUGGUUAUUUCGGACAAGACUGUGCCACACGGUGUACCUGUGAGAACGCGGCCAACACGUGCGACCAUAUCAAUGGCACGUGUAGUUGUAUUGCGGGCUGGUACGGUUCUAACUGCGAGCGACCAUGCCCGCUUGGUCGGUACGGCCCUAGCUGUUCAUACGGGUGCAAAUGUGAACAGAAUACGACUUGCAAUGUCUUCAACGGCACCUGUGACGACGACAUUACGAAAAGCACAAGUUUUAGUCCAGCAUGGUUCACAGUACCAGUUGUAGCCCUGAUACUUCUAGUGUCUGUAGCCAUUUUUUGCCGCCAUAACGUCUGCAGGAAGACCAACGGGCAUGUGCAAAUGAUGGAAAAUAUCGACGAGGAAGAACAAACGCAGAUGCUGUUACCAUGGGAACGGGACGAGAAACAUCUAAGGGUUAUCAGGAUGAUUGGACAAGUUACGUUUGGUCACGUGGUUCUCGCACAAUUAAAAAGACCCGGUAAGCAAAACGUUCUUGUAGCCGCGAAGACUCUUCGAGGUGAAUCACACAGCGCAAUGUGCCACAAGGACUUUUACCGUGAGGCGGACAUUCUGACAGCCUUGUACAAUAGUUCGGAGUACACGGUGGAUAACAAGAAAGCCAUGCAUCCCAAUAUUGUCGGACUGUACGGUAUCAUCACGCAGACUGAACCCAAGCGUAUCAUACUCGAGUACGCUCCGAGGGGAGAUCUUCUUCAAUACCUUCGGCGAAAUCGUGCCAACCCGGGGGCGUCUUCGCUCGACUUCCUCGGCCUGGCAGUCCACGUGGCCCGAGGGUUACAAGAACUGGAGCGCGUUAAAAUCGUCCAUCGCGACGUGGCUGCCCGGAAUGUGUUAGUCACCGAGAAGAACAUAGCCAAAAUCGCCGACUUCGGGCUCGCUCGCGACGUGUACACCAACACUGAAUACGUGCAUGUUAAACAGGAGGGUAGGGUGGCGGACCGUUUACCCUUAAAGUAGAUGUCCUUAGAGUCGAUACGGGACGGAGUCUACACAAGUUACAGCGAUGUCUGGUCCUUUGGGGUGCUGCUGUGGGAGAUCGUUACCUUUGGCGAGGAGCCCCACUACCCAGACAUGCUGCACCCGGACUGCCGUCGGCUUCUCCACCUGCAUAAGCUCGGCACGCGUCUGGAGAAACCGGAAAACUGCCCCGUAAUGCUGUACCGUUUGAUGGCCAGGUGUUGGGACGCAGAGGCUUCACAGCGUCCCCUAGCGGAAGAGUUGGAGGCUGCAUUGAUGGCGAUCGUUCCACAGGAAGAGAAUGGUCCGAAUAGUAGAACAUUUCACGGACGUAAUGACAACGUAGAGAGAGAAACAACACUCUGAUGAUCUAUUGGUGAUACUGCCAAUAACAUUAGCCUAAGUAUGCAAACUAC